UUCUCGCAGCUUCACCAUUUUGUGAGGGAGAGACACGUAGCGGUUUUGUGGUUUUUAUGGGCAAAAACACCAGCAGAUAAAACAACAGCUUUUCUACAGAUUCUUGCAGUUCUGAGAGAAAUAGAUUCACUCUCUGACUGUAGAAACUGGUCUUCUGCUGAGGCAGAGCCACACCACAGUGAGCGAAAUGCAGUAUGUUUGGGUGAUAUUACUGUUCCUCCCCAGCGCUCUUUCACAGUCUGAUGGCAGGUUCAGGGUGGUGGUUCCAGAAGCUCCUGUUUCCAGUGUUUCUGGUUCUGAUGUUGUUCUGUCGUGUUCUGUACGAGAGUUUGAUCGUCAGAACAUCAUGAAGAACGCUGUGGAUCUGACCGUUACUUGGUCCAGACCAGACCUGAAAGAUUCACUGGUUCAUCUCUAUGAGAAUCAUAAAAAUCUAAACACAGAUCAGAAUCCUUCUUACAGAGGAAGAACCGCUGUGUUUAAAGAGGAGCUGAAGAAUGGAGACGUCUCACUGAAACUCUCCAACGUUCGGAUUACUGAUGAAGGAGAAUACACAUGCAGAGUUGACUCUAAGUUCUGGGAGGAUUCUAAAACUAUUAAACUCUCAGUUGAAGCUGUGGGAAGUGAACCAGUGAUCACUAUGGAGAAAUAUGAAUCAGGAAAGUUCAGUUUACUGUGUGAAUCUAAAGGCUGGUAUCCUGAACCUGAGCUUCAGUGGAAAAACAGUAAAGGAGUUAAUGUGACUGCAGAAACAGAAACUCAGGCAGUCGCUGAUCUCUUUAAUGUGAAAAGCAGAAUCACAGUAGAGGAAAUCGACUCAUACUACUGCUCAGUGACACAGAGAGUUCAUGAGAAGGAGGAACGGAUUGAUGCUCAAUCCCUGCACGGUACACACUCCCCCUCUCUUCUGCAAGGAUGGACUCACCCAGAGUAUACAGGGAAGUUUGAGGUGGUGGGUCCAGAAGCUCCUGUUUUCAGUGUUUCUGGUUCUGAUGUUGUUCUGCCGUGUUCUGUACGAGAGUUGGGUAAUCCAAACAUCAUGGUGAACGCUGUGAAUAUGAACGUUACUUGGUCCAGAUCAGACCUGAAUGAUUCACUGGUUCAUCUCUACGGGAAUCAUAAAGAUCUAAACACAGAUCAGAAUCCUUUUUACAGAGGAAGAACCGCUGUGUUUAAAGAGGAGCUGAAGAAUGGAGACGUCUCACUGAAACUCUCCAACGUUCGGAUUACUGAUGAAGGAGAAUACACAUGCAGAGUUGACUCUAAGUUCUGGGAGGAUUCUAAAACUACUAAACUCUCAGUUGAAGCUGUGGGAAGUGAACCAGUGAUCACUGUGGAGAAAUAUGAAUCAGGAAAGUUCACUUUACUGUGUGAAUCUAAAGGCUGGUAUCCUGAACCUGAGCUUCAGUGGAAAAACAGUAAAGGAGUUAAUGUGACUGCAGAAACAGAAACUCAGGAAGUCGCUGAUCUCUUUAAUGUGAAAAGCAGAAUCACAGUAGAGGAAAUCGACUCAUACUACUGCUCAGUGACACAGAGAGUUCAUGAGAAGGAGGAACGGAUUGAUGCUCAAUCCCUGCACGAAUCUGAAUCUCACUGAGGAUAUUUUACAUAGAAAAAAAGAGAAGAUGAAUAUAAAGCAUACACACACACACACACACACACACACACACACAAUAAGAUUCUAUAUUGUCACAUGUUGGAUUGUUCUUGGUCAAUAUUUGGUUUGUAUUUGUUCUAUUAAUCACCUGAUAUUAUGGACUGUAAAUACGUUCAUACUGUAUGGUUCCAGUUGGACCUGUAUUGGGGUAGAUCUUCAAGACAUCAGGCAGGUCUUAGGUCUCAGUAAGAUGUUCCCAGUAUUUCAGUGGUGUGAACAGUAGUUCAGUAUUAAUCUGCUUUAGUUUAGAGAAGUGUGUUUAAAGAUUGACUAAACCCUGAACCAUAUUUUUUCAUUAAUAGCUGAAAUGUGUUCCUUUGAAAUAAAGAAAUAUAUCUGUCCUACUUAGAAUUCAAAACAUUUUCUAACCUUUAAAAAACGCUUUUAUUGCUUUAAUUUCCGCCUCUGCAGCGCCCUCACAGAUUUAACUGUGCCAUAGGUGAUGAGGAUAUUUUUGUGUACUUUGUUAUGUGGACACUCACAAUCUGGUGAUGUUCAACAAUCACCGUGUCAUCCCUUAUCAGAGACACACUGCUCAGCCCAAUCAGCUCUCCCUUACAUUCUGCCCCUAAACCCAUACAUCACUCAGUGCCCCUCCCAAACACUGAGGGCUGAGGGUGGAGUCAGCUGAAACCAGGGGUUCAGUUCCCUUUAAGUUUAGGUGAGCUUCAUCAGGUGUAAUUUCCCACUUCACCACUAGA